AGGCUCCCGCCCGACUCUGACUCGGCGCGGCCGCGCCAGCACCGGCCACACCCUCGGCUCUGCCGCCGCCGGCGCCGCUUUCCCGAGAGCGGGAGGCAGGAGAUGCGCGCCGGGCGGCCGCGCGCUCCACAGCGCCAGCCGGGGCCGCCGUCGCGGGGAAGUGCCGCCCGGCGGGGUCAGGGCGCCUGAAAGCCCACGUGCGCCGCCGAGCCCGAGGUGGCUGACAGCAGAACCCGCCCGAGCCGCCGCCCGCGCUCCUCCCCGAGGAAGGGAUUUUGAUUUCAAAGAAAGGAAGGAAGGAAGGACAACUCCCAGCUUCCCCCUCCCGCCCUCCCGCUCCGGCGGCCGGGCCGGGCCAUGCCCAGGAAGGCGGCGGCGGCGACGGCGGCCCAGCAGAAGGGACUUUCCUGGCAGCCCGGCGGCGAGGAACGCGCUCCGUGAGUUUGCUCUGCCCGGUUCAUGGUUCCUGCACGCCCUCCAGGAGGCCGAACGCUGCAGCCCCUCCCCGCGCCCCCAAGAGCCUCCUGCGUCCUCUGGCCCCCGGGCCCGCUCUGCGCCGCCCGGGCUCCGGCCGCCGCAGCCCAGUGCCCUCUGCCCGGCGCGGUGGAUGGCAUGAUGGUGCGGGGAAGGCACCGCGGCCCUGGCCAGCUGAGUCGCGACGGCCGCGGGGGCGGCGGCAGUGGCAGCGGCGGCGGUAGCGGGCUCCCCAGCGUUAUGCCAGUGCCCCCCGGGCGCGAUGGCUAGCGGCAGCGCUGGGAAGCCCACUGGCGAGGCGGCUUCUCCGGCUCCUGCGAGCGCCGUCGGGGGGGCCUGCUCGCAGCCGCGGAAGAGGCUGGUGUCCGUCUGCGACCACUGCAAAGGCAAAAUGCAGCUGGUGGCCGACCUGCUGCUGCUGUCGAGCGAGGCACGGCCCGUGCUCUUCGAGGGCCCCGCCUCCUCCUGUGCUGGCGCCGAGUCCUUCGAGCAGUGCCGGGACACGAUCAUCGCGCGCACCAAGGGGCUCUCCAUCCUCACCCACGACGUGCAGAGCCAGCUCAACAUGGGCCGCUUCGGGGAGGCGGGGGACAGCCUGGUGGAGCUGGGCGACCUGGUAGUGUCGCUGACCGAGUGCUCCGCCCACGCGGCCUACCUGGCGGCCGUGGCCACGCCGGGCGCGCAGCCCGCGCAGCCGGGCCUGGUGGACCGCUACCGAGUGACGCGCUGCCGCCACGAAGUGGAGCAGGGCUGCGCCGUGCUGCGCGCCACCCCGCUGGCCGACAUGACGCCGCAGCUGCUGCUGGAGGUGUCGCAGGGCCUGUCGCGCAACCUCAAGUUCCUGACGGACGCGUGCGCCCUGGCCAGCGACAAGUCCCGGGACCGCUUCUCCCGCGAGCAGUUCAAGCUGGGCGUCAAGUGCAUGAGCACGAGCGCGUCGGCGCUGCUGGCCUGCGUGCGCGAGGUGAAGGUGGCGCCCAGCGAGCUGGCCCGCAGCCGCUGCGCGCUCUUCAGCGGGCCGCUGGUGCAGGCCGUGAGCGCCCUGGUGGGCUUCGCCACCGAGCCGCAGUUCCUGGGUCGCGCGGCGGCCGUGAGCGCCGAGGGCAAGGCGGUGCAGACCGCCAUCCUGGGUGGCGCCAUGAGCGUGGUGUCGGCCUGCGUGCUCCUGACCCAGUGCCUCAGGGAUCUGGCGCAGCACCCCGACGGGGGCGCCAAGAUGUCGGACCACAGGGAGAGGCUGAGGAACUCGGCCUGCGCCGUGUCUGAAGGCUGCACCCUGCUAUCUCAGGCUUUACGGGAGAGGUCUUCGCCCAGGACUUUACCGCCAGUGAAUUCCAAUUCUGUGAAUUAGCACCCCGCCCCCCUUCUUUCUUCCACCCCAAACUAGAGGAAGAUACUUACUCUCCGACCCUCUCCAUUUAUACCAAAGAAAUCCCAGGGGAAGCUCCCCCCACCCCACCCCAUGUCAGACGCUCCAGAGGAACCUUCCAGAGAGCGGGGCCAUGCGCUCCAACGACACUGGUGCGCACGGUGCGGGGUGGGGGUGGGGGGGGCAAUGCCAAUCUACGCACACCCAGCAGGGACCUGGAGGUGGCGCGCCCCCACCGCGCCCCAGCACCUCUUCUGGAGUUCCUCCACUAAAUUUUCUUAUCAAUUGGGCAGGAAGGAGGUCAUGGGUUCGUUUCUUUUUUGGUCUUUUUGUUUUUUCCUAAUUAAAAGAAAGGUUACCUCAGUUUCACUCCUUAGACAUGGAUGUAGCUACCUUUUUUGUAUGUUGUUAUUUUUUUAAGCAAUCGUGUUGGAUUAGGCGUAUACUUGGUGUGGAAAGAGUAUGACUUUGCCAUGUGAUUUGCAAAUGGGGGGAAAAGCUACUGUGAGUGUGUGUUUUAUUUUUUAAUUUACACUAUAGAGUGGUUCCCCCCUGCCCUCCCCCCCCAUGUCAAGUUUUUACCUUGCAUGUACUGGAGUAUUUAUUUCAUCUAUUAAAAUGUUAUGUUUCUCAGA